AUGGCAACCCGCAGGUCUGCUCGAUUAAGAGGCCAGACGCCGGCUAUUGAACCUAUCGACAUGGGUAUAAAGCGCUCUCCUUCUAAGCGUUUGGCUGAGAUAUGUGAGGACCCCUCUGCAGAGACGAAAAAGCUCCUCGAAUCGGUUCCUUCUACGCCCAAAACAAACCCCUCCAAGACCAUGUUAACCCCAGUUCCAUCAUCAACGACCAAAAACAAAAUAACUCCCAAGACCCCUGACAACCACGGCGCUAUCAAGCCUAGUGUGGAAGAAAUGCAUCCUAGCAAAGCCCAGCAAAGCACUACAAAGAAACCGGAUUCUGGAUUGCAGUUAGGAUUCCGGCCUAUCCACGAUAAUUCAAAAAGUUCAAAUCAACCUGUGCCCUCGGUAAUAAAUACGCCAUCUAAAAAAAGGGUUUCAAAUGCCGAUGAACUCAGCAAGAUGAGCUUCGACUUCAAAUUUUCUUGUGGAGAAUCCCAACUUAGCCAGGAAGCAAAGAAGCUUAUGGAAAGCCUCCGAGAGGAAGCUGCAAGAAUUAAAUCACAGAUGGUGAUUGAACAAAACGCACAGAAGCGUAAGGAUGAGGAGGCCGAAGCUCAGCCAACUGCUCGGAAGAUCGCGAAGCCCAAAGGCAUUGCGGGACGCUUUAGCUCUGCACAUAUGGCCCAGUUCCGAAAGAUGGACUCCAUCGAGGGGCAUCCAUCCGCUUUUAGAGCUCGGGUUGAGCCUAGCCAAACAUCACCGGUUAAAGACCUCAAGCGCAAAAGCUCCAAAGCUCAACUUGGCGAUCCUGAGAAAUAUGUCCCAACGAAAACUCGAAUCACACCAGCCUCCAGAGCAACCUCCACAGGCCCCUCUAUCCCGCAGCGCGGAGGUCAAGCGAGUGCGACGCAAUCUACUCGGACUCCCUUAUCUGGUGAUAGCUCACACGUUCAGAACAAGCCGCCUUUAAAUCUGGCUCCGCUAGAUAAAUCUAAGUUUACUACACCACAGAAGCCUACCAUCGCUCGUGCUACAAGCGUUAAAUACCCCCAUACUGUGAAAGCUCAAUCUAUAUCACGUUCACCAACUCGCAGAUCAUUGUUUGCGGCUCCCAAGACCCCCCAGACAGAUGUCAAGUACAAGUCUAACAUGCCCAAACUGAAAUCCAUCCUCCGUCGACCUCAGCCUCUCUUUUCCAGUGACCCUGAAAAGAUUGCUGCUGGUACCCAUCAGCCUUUGCCACGAGCAGAUUUUGACACCAAACUGCUCGGUCUAUCAGACAGCUUUAAACCCUCAAUGACUAUUUCGUCAUCGAAGAAGACUGUGGAUUUCUCGGCCAGCACAAAACUUCGUGACGCUUGCAACGAUGCAUCUCCUUCCGCUGUUGCUUCAAAAUCUCAAACCAGUGGCUCUCGAGAUGUCCUCUAUCCAACUCUUCCACCAACCACUCCCCCGCACGAAAGAAGGGUUCCCGGCUUCACUUUCAAGUUUCAGUCCCCUGCUGCUCAAGAGAACGUUUCACCUCUGAGGGCAAGCAAGCUUCAACCGGUUCUGGAACGCGCCCCAAUCCCACACGGAAUAACAAACAAGAAGCGGCGUCGUGAGGAUACUGACGAAGAGCCCCAAACCCCACAGAAUGACCGAUUCAUCAAGCGUCUCAAACAAAAUCCCACUACUCCCCCAGUGAUGCAAACUCCUAGUCCUGUCAAGAGACGUUUACCUGCUACUGUGACUCCAAAGCGUAGUACUCCUAUCGGCAAAGUUCAGAAGGGUAAAGGUCUCACCCUUAGCCGGCUUAACUUCCUUGCAACUCCCAAAGUCCGUCAUUGA